AUGAUACGACUUAUUCAACGUUUACUUAAAUAUACAUCAAUAAAACAUCUUGAUUAUCAAUUAUUAAUUGAUUCAUUGGGUAAAUUACGUGAAAUAGCAAAAAAAAUUAAAUUAAAUGAACAAAGUAGAAAAACGGAAAAACAUUUGUCAAUGUUUUAUAUUGUUCAUAUUAUUGAUAAUUAUCGAUCAGAGUUUCUUGCUGUACAUCAUGAUUAUAUAGAAAAAUUUCAAGUUAUUGAACUUCAACAAGAAUUAACAACAAUACAACUACAUUUAACUCGUUUUCUUUUCUCCGAUUGUCUUGAAUAUAUGUGGAAAGCAUUCGAAUCUAUUUCACAUUUCUCAUGGCAUCCUGAUGGUGAUCAUUUAUGA